GAAUACAUAGCAUCUUUCCUACCACAGUUUCUUCCGAUAAGAAAUGGAAUCUAGUUCUUCAGACUACUAUAAUAAAGACACUGAAGAAGAAAGUUUGCUUGCAAAUGUUGCUUCCUUAAGACAUGAACUGAAGAUAACAGAAUGGAGUUUGCAAAAUUUAGGGGAAGAGUUAUCCAUUGUUAGUCCAAGUGAAAAAUCUGAUUAUGCCUCUAAUCCCUCAAAGUCUGAAGGGCCCAUUUUGGAAGAUCUUGUUCAGACUAGCCACCCUGGACUUUUGAAUUACUCACCUUAUAAAAAAGUUUGUAAAAUGUCUGGUAGCAGUGCUGACUUUCAAAAAAAGCCAAGAGAUAAGAUGUCUUUUUCAUCUUCUACCUCUGUGGAGCAGGAGAUUAAAAGCCUUCGAGAGAAACUUAAUAAACUUAGGCAACAGAAUGCUUGUUUGGUCACACAGAAUCAUUCUUUAAUGACUAAGAUAGAAUCUAUCCACUUUGAAUUAACACAGUCAAGAGCAAAAGUUUCUAUGCUUGAGUCUGCUCAACGGCAGGCAGCCAGUGUCCCAAUCUUAGAAGAGCAGAUUAUAAGUUUAGAAGCAGAAGUUGCAGCCCAAGAUAAAGUUUUGAGGGAAGCAGAAGAAAAAUUAGAACAGAGCCAGAAAAUGGUAAUUGAAAAAGAACAGAGUUUGCAGGUGUCCAAAGAGGAAUGUAUAAAGUUGAAGGUGGACUUACUUGAACAAACUAAACAAGGAAAAAGAGCUGAACGACAAAGAAAUGAAGCACUAUAUAAUGCUGAAGAGCUGAGUAAAGCUUUCCAACAAUAUAAAGAAAAAGUGGCUGAAAAACUGGAAAAGGUUCAAGCUGAAGAAGAAAUAUUAGAGAAAAACCUGAUUAACUGUGAAAAAGAAAAUAAAAGGCUACAAGAAAAGUGUGGUCUAUAUAAAAGUGAAGUUGAAAUUCUGAAAGAGAAAUUAAGGCAGUUAAAAGAAGAAAAUAACAAUGGAAAAGAAAAAUUAAGGAUCAUGGCAGUGAAAAAUUCAGAAGUCAUGGCACAAUUAACUGAAUCUAGGCAAAGUAUUCUGGCACUAGAAAGUGAGUUAGAGGACAAAGAUGAAAUACUUAGAGAAAAAUUUUCUCUAAUGAAUGAAAACCGAGAAUUAAAGGUCCGUGUGGCAACACAAAAUGAGCGACUGGAUCUGUGUCAGCAAGAAAUUGAAAGUUCAAGGGUAGAACUGAGAAGUUUGGAAAAACUUAUAUCCCAGUUGCCAUUAAAAAGAGAAAUAUUUGGUUUUAAAUCAUCUCUUUCUAAGUACCAGAUGAGUAGUUUGUCAAAAAAGGAAGACAGUUGCAUUGGCUGCUGUGAGGCAAAUAAAUUGGUGAUUUCGGAAUUGAGGAUUAAGCUUGCAAUAAAAGAGGCAGAAAUUCAAAAGCUUCAUGCAAACCUGACUGCAAGUCAGUUAUCUCAGAGUUUUAUUACUUGUAAUGACAGCCAAGAAAGUAGCAAAUUAAAUAGUUUAGAAACAGAACCUGUAAAACUAGGUGGCAGUCAAGUAGCAGAAAAUAUAAAAGAUCAAAAUCAACAUACUGUGAACAAGCAAUAUGAAAGAGAGAGGCAAAGACUUGCUACUGGAAUAGAAGAACUACGUACUAAGCUGAUACAAAUAGAAGCUGAAAAUUCCGAUUUGAAAGUGAACAUGGCUCACAGAACUAGUCAGUUUCAGCUGAUUCAAGAGGAGCUGCUAGAGAAAGCUUCGAACUCUAGCAAACUAGAAAGUGAAAUGACAAAGAAAUGUUCUCAACUGUUAACUCUAGAGAAACAGCUGGAAGAAAAAAUAGUCGCUUAUUCCUCUGUUGCUGCAAAAAAUGCAGAACUAGAACAGGAGCUCAUGGAAAAGAAUGAAAAGAUAAGAAGUCUAGAAACCAAUAUCAAUACAGAGCAUGAGAAAAUUUGUUUAGCCUUUGAAAAAGCAAAGAAAAUUCAUCUUGAACAGCAUAAAGAAAUGGAAAAGCAGAUUGAAAGACUUGAAGCUCAACUAGAGAAAAAAGACCAACAAUUUAAAGAACAAGAAAAGACUAUGUCCAUGUUGCAACAAGAUAUAAUGUGCAAACAACAUCAUCUUGAAUCACUAGAUAGACUCUUGACAGAAAGCAAAGGGGAAAUGGAAAAGGAAAAUAUGAAGAAAGAUGAAGCUUUGAAAGCAUUACAGAACCAAGUAUCUGAAGAAACAAUCAAGGUCAGACAACUAGAUUCAGCAUUGGAUAUUUGUAAGGAAGAACUUGCCUUGCAUUUGAGUCAAUUGGAAGGAAAUAAGGAAAAGUUUGAAAAACAGCUAAAGAAGAAAUCUGAAGAGGUAUAUUGUUUACAAAAAGAGCUAAAGAUAAAAAAUCACAGUCUUCAAGAGACCUCUGAGCAAAAUGUUAUUCUACAGCAUACUCUUCAGCAACAGCAGCAAAUGUUGCAACAAGAGACAAUUAGAAAUGGAGAGCUGGAAGAUAUUCAAACUAAACUUGAAAAACAGGUAUCAAAAUUGGAACAAGAGCUUCAAAAACAAAGGGAAAGUUCAGCUGAAAAAUUGAGAAAAAUGGAAGAGAAAUGUGAAUCAGCUGCACAUGAAGCAGAUUUGAAAAGGCAAAAAGUUAUUGAGCUUACUGGUUCCGCCAGGCAAGUAAAGCUUGAGAUGGAUCAGUACAAAGAAGAGCUGUCUAAAAUGGAAAAAGAAAUAAUGCACUUAAAACGAGAUGGAGAAAACAAAGCAUUGCAUCUUUCUCAAUUAGAUAUGAUCUUAGAUCAGACAAAGACAGAACUAGAAAAGAAAACAAAUGCUGUGAAGGAGUUAGAAAAGUUACAGCACCAUACUGAAACUGAACUAACAGAAGCCUUACAGAAACGGAAAGCACUAGAGACUGAACUACAGAAUGCUCAUGGAGAAUUAAAAAGUACUUUAAGACAACUCCAGGAAUUGAGAGAUGUACUACAGAAGGCUCAGUUAUCAUUAGAGGAAAAAUACACUACUAUAAAGGACCUCACAGCUGAACUUAGAGAAUGCAAGAUGGAGAUUGAAGAUAAAAAGCAAGAGCUCCUUGAAAUGGAUCAGGCACUUAAGGAGAGAAAUUGGGAGCUAAAGCAAAGAGCAGCUCAGGUGGAAAGUUUGAAUGAAAAAUUGCAAAAUGCCAAAGAACAGAUUCGAGAAAAAGAGUUUCUAAUCCUACAAAAUGAACAGGAGAUAAGUCAACUGAAAAAAGAAACUGAAAGAACACAACAAAGGAUAAAAGAAAUGGAGAGUGUUGUGAAAGAGCAGGAGCAGUACAUUGCCACUCAGUACAAGGAGGCUAUAGAUUUGGGGCAGGAAUUGAGGCUAACUCGGGAGCAGAUGCAGAAUUCUCAUACAGAAUUGCUGGAGGCUCAUCGUCAACAAGUCCAAGCCCAGAGAGAAAUAGAAAGGCUCUCUGGUGAACUGGAGGAUAUAAAGCAACUCUCUAAAGAGAAAGAAGCUCGUGGAAACCAUUUAGCUGAAGAAUUGGGGGCUUCUCAAGUACGUGAAGCUCAUUUAGAAGCAAGAAUGCAAGCAGAAAUCAAGAAAUUGUCAGCAGAAGUAGAAUCUCUUAAAGAAGCUUAUCAUAUGGAGAUGAUUUCACAUCAAGAGAACCAUGCAAAGUGGAAGAUUUCUGCUGACUCUCAAAAGACUUCUGUUCAGCAACUAAAUGAACAAUUAGAGAAGGCAAAACUGGAAUUAGAAGAAGCUCAGGACACUGUAAGCAGUUUGCAUCAACAAGUCCAAGACAGGAAUGAAGUAAUUGAAGCUGCAAAUGAAGCAUUACUUAUUAAAGAAUCAGAGUUAACCAGAUUACAAGCCAAAAUUUCUGGACAUGAAAGGGCAGAAGACAUCAAGUGUCUACCAGCCUCAUUUACAUCUCCAACAGAAAUUAUGCCUGAUAUUCAAGAUCCAAAGUUUGCUCAACAUUCUUACACAUCUUUUUUCAAGUGUAGAAAACUACGUCGCUCUAUUAGUGCCAGUGACCUUAGUUUCAAAACUCAUGGUGAUGAAGAUCUUUCUGAAGAAUUACUACAGGACUUAAAGAAAAUGCAAUUAGAACAGCCUUCAGCAUUAGAAGAAAGCAAUAAGGAUCUGACUUACAUGCAGUCAGACUCAUUUAAACCUCUCAAAUAUAACCUAGAAGAUGAUAGUUCUGAAAGUAAUGACUUUAGUACUCUUAGUGGAAUGCUGAGAUACAUAAACAAAGAAGUAAGACUAUUAAAAAAGUCUUCUGUGCAAACAGGUGCUGGUUUAACUCAGGAUUAUGAAGAGCCACAGCUAGAUAAGAAUGUGCCAGAACUAGAAGAAGAAUGGGCAUUUUACUUCCAGAGAUCAGGAUCAGAAGAACAAUAA